AAUUUUCAAUCAUUGUUGAUUCAUAUAAUUAUUUAUUCAUGGAAGUUAAAAUGUUGGCAAUUUAUGUUACUGCAAAUUGUAAAAAUUUAAAAUUGAAAUUUUUAUUCUUAUUUUAUUCAAACCGAUUACGUUUUAUGAAUACUGUAUAAUAUAGAUCAUCUAAUCGUUUCUCACACUCGCCUACAUUCACCCAUACAAUCACAGAUAUUCGGAGACUCACACAGACACACAGACACAUACAGACACAAUCACGCUCAUAUCGGAGCGCGCAUAUACAAAUAUUUUUUUAUUGGCCUUUAAUAUAUAAUCGCUUCUUAUUAGAGUUGGAUCGAUAAGUAGCGAAUCAAUAGUUAAAAGUUUCGAAGCAUUGUAUCAUUACAGUUUGGCAUUCUUUAAAGCUACAACUUUUCUCGAUGUUUGACACCAAUGAUGUAUUGAAUAUCUUGGCAACCGAAGUAUUUGUUUUUCGGCUUCAAGAAUGAAGUUACCAUAUAAAGGUUCUGACAGUUAUGAAAACUAAUCCGAGGAGAUUUUUCACUUCUCAUACUUUUCAAAACAUCAUCAUAAACAUUUGAGCAUUAUUUGAAAAAAUCCGUGCAAAAGACACAGCGAAAUACCUUGGAUAAGCAAAAAAAUAACGGCUUCGUUAUAGAAAGUUAACAAUGGAGGAAAAUGAUGCUUUGUACUCUGAUUUUGAUAACUACACUGACCAAAUAACCGACUCUGUUAUAUCCAGUGUCAAUGGAAGUAAUAUAACACACCAUGUAAUUACUUACCCUUUGUUAAAGCAACAACUUCACAAUAUUAUAAUUUACUCAGUGGCUUAUGGAACAGUGUUUCUUUUUGCUUUCAUUGGUAAUAUUUUUGUGAUUGCCACGGUAUGUCGAAACAGGAAUAUGCACACAGUAACAAAUUAUUUCCUUGUCAACCUUGCUGUAGCUGACAUCUUAGUUGCUGUGUUUUGUUUACCAAUGACACUUUUAGACAACCUCUUUAGCGGUUGGCCAUUUGGAGCUAUUCUUUGUAAAGCCACACCCUAUUUGCAAGGGGUCUCCGUAUGCGCAUCAGUCAAUACAUUAGCAGCCAUCGCCAUUGACAGAUACUUAGCUAUAUGCUACACCUUACAGUUCAAAAUAUCAACAACUGUUUCACGAGUUAUUAUUGUAUCUACUUGGAUAUUUGCACUUCUUGUAAUGAUACCGUGGGCUGUAUUCUAUAGGCAAAUUCCACACAGUAAUGUAUUCAUUUGCUUCCCUGAUUGGCCAGAUGCGGAAACAGGAAAAGCGUUUUUCCUUGCAGCUAUCUUCCUUUGUUGUUAUACUAUACCGCUGUUAUUAAUCAUUUUGUGUUAUAUCUUAAUUGGUCUGCGCGUGUGGAACAGAGAUUCUCCAGGAUUGUGUGACAAAUCUCAGGUAAUUAUGAAAUCAAAAAUCAAGGUGGUCAAAAUGCUUGUUGUGGUUGUGUUGCUCUUUGGACUAUCUUGGUUACCAAUAUACACCAUACAACUCUGCGUUUAUUUCAUACCGAAUUUACAAAGCACGACACUAUUAAAUCAAGUUAUCGUCCCGAUAGCUCAAUGGCUUGGACUUGCAAAUAGUGGAACAAAUCCAGUUAUAUAUUGCUUUUUCAGCAAUAAAUUCCAGCAGAGUUUAAAAAAUAUGAUCAUGUGUCAGAAAAACAGAUAUUUUGGUAGCGGUGACCAGAGAAAUGCCACAACAAAAUACAUGACAGUUGAGUACGCAAGUGGCCAGGUCACGAUGUCUGUAAAGAGGUCUGCAGCACGUAGCGAUGAUCCUAUAUAAAAUUCCUCACUCUGCAUGAUCCUAUACAAAAAGAAAACCAUACCAACGUCAUAGAAACGACGCAAUAUUAACUAUAUGAGUUUAGUGGUAAUUUCCUUCCAUCAAUGCAGGAAAUUGCCAUUUCUUUUCACAGAAAAAACCCCCUCCAAAUUGUGGAAAAUAUCACUCACUAAUUGACAAUCUUCAACACAAGUAUUAUAUAUUCUGUGAAGACAAAAUCAGCAGCUAAUAUACUAACUAAACUGUCUCGAAACUAAGUAUUACACUUGAUAUUCAACAUGUUUUCCCCUUUGUUUUAGCAUUUUUCGUUGUUUUUUUUGUUUGUUUCCGUUUUUCUUUUCCUCUGAAACUAUGAAGUAUUGUGAAAAUUUAGUGAAGCAAAUGAAGUGGCUACUAGUAACAAUUAUUUUAUAUUCAUUUAUCGUGGUUUCUUCUUUUGUUUGUUUUACUAAUCCAAAAUAAUUUGGAAACUUUGUAAAUAAAUUUCUGUAAUUG